UUCGGGCGGCUGCUGGCGCGCAGGAUGGACGCCUUCUGCGGCUCCCGCUUUUGGGACCCCAACCUUACAGUGUACACUGACAAUCCAGACCUAACACUGUGUUUCCAGAACACCAUCCUGGCAUGGGCACCGUGCUUCUAUUUUUGGUUCAUCUUGCCUUUUUACCUAUUUUAUUUAAAAUGCAACAAUCGGGGGUACAUAAUAUUGUCCAUGCUCUGCAGGUUUAAAACGAUGUUUGCUUUCUGUCUUUGGUGUGUGAAUUGGGCCAAUCUCUUCUAUUCUUUCCAUGGAAUCAUUCAAAGCAGAACACCGCCAUCUGUAUAUUUCGUCACACCCUUAAUUGUUGGCAUUACAAUGCUGUCAGCCAUGUUGCUCAUCCAAUAUGAGAGGCUUCAUGGUGUGCAGUCCUCAGGAGUUCUCGUCAUAUUCUGGUUCUUGUGCGUGUUGUGUGCUGUGGGUCCUUUGAGGUCCAAAAUUAUCCGUAAUUCAGCUCAGGAUCAAAUGGAAGACAGAUUCAGGGUUACCACAUUUUAUGUCUACUUUGCACUGAUCCUCAUUGAACUGAUUCUUUCGUGCCUUAAAGAAAAGGCUCCAUUUUUCUCACCAGUCAAUUUAGAUCCAAAUCCUUGUCCAGAAUUAAAUUCUGGCUUUCUUUCAAAGGUGACAUUUUGGUGGUUCACAAGUAUGGCAGUCCAGGGAUAUAAGAGGCCUCUUGAAGAGAAGGAUUUAUGGUCCCUGAAUACAGAUGAUAAAUCCCAUGUGAUAAUACAGAAGCUCCAGAAAGAGUGGGAUAAUCAGAAACAGGAAAAGCAGCAGAAAAAAGAUGUCUCCUAUACAAAAAGCUCAAACAAUGUGAUGAACCAUAUUGCUGAUGGUCCGGAGGAGACAGAAGUCCUUAUAAGUAGUAAGAUACAGCAGAAAGAGCCUUCUUUUCUUAAGGCCUUGCUAAGAACGUUUGGUCCUUACUACCUGAUCAGUUCCUUCUUCAAGCUGAUCCAAGAUCUGCUAUCAUUUGUCAACCCACAAUUGUUAAGCGUAUUAAUUGGCUUCAUCAAGAAUGAACAUGCUCCCUUGUGGUGGGGUUAUCUGAUUGCGGCUUCGAUGUUUUUCUGUGCUGUGCUGCAGACGAUCAUCCUUCAUCAGCACUUCCAAUACUGCUUUGUUACUGGAAUGAGACUGAGGACUGGCAUCAUAGGGAUGAUCUACCGAAAGUCUUUAGUUAUUACCAACUCAGCAAAGCGUUCCUGCACUACUGGGGAGAUUGUCAACCUGAUGUCAGUGGAUGCUCAGAGAUGCAUGGAUUUGACUAUGUUCCUGAACAUGUUAUGGUCUGCACCACUGCAGAUUUGCCUUGCUUUGUACUUUCUCUGGCAGAGUUUAGGAGCUUCAGUGCUGGCAGGAGUUGCUGUGAUGGUCUUACUCAUCCCGUUUAAUGCCGUGAUUGCGAUAAAAACCAGGGCAUUCCAGGUGGAACAAAUGCGCUAUAAGGACUCACGUAUUAAGCUAAUGAAUGAAAUCCUAAGUGGCAUAAAAGUACUCAAGCUCUAUGCCUGGGAACCAUCCUUUGCAGAAAAAGUUCUAGAGAUACGGAAGAAUGAACUCCGCAUUUUGAAAAAAUCAGCCUACCUAAAUGCCAUUUCAACCUUUGCAUGGAUCAGCGCACCAUUUCUGGUUGCCCUGACCACCUUUUCUGUUUAUGUCACUGUGGAUGAAAAUAAUGUCCUAGAUGCAGAGAAAGCCUUUGUGUCUCUCUCCCUUUUUAAUCUCCUAAAAUUCCCACUCAACAUGCUACCUCAGGUCAUUAGCAACAUUGCACAGACAAGUGUUUCAUUGAAGAGAAUUCAGCAGUUUUUGUCACAUGAUGAACUUGAUCCUGGCUGUGUGGAAACCAAGUUAAUUACUCCAGGUUAUGCUAUUACUGUGCAUGAUGGAACAUUCAGCUGGGCAAAAGAUGGUGAGCCAACUCUGAAAGAUAUAAAUUGGAUGGUCCCUACUGGCUCUUUGGUGGCUGUUGUUGGCCAUGUGGGCUGUGGGAAGUCUUCCCUGGUGUCAGCACUUCUUGGUGAAAUGGAGAAGCUCCGUGGGGAAGUGGCUGUGAAGGGUUCAGUUGCUUAUGUACCCCAAAUAGCCUGGAUCCAGAAUGCCACUUUGAAAGAUAACAUAUUGUUUGGCCGCCCCCAUAAUGAGCAGAAGUACCAAACUGUCUUAGAGGCAUGUGCCUUGAAACAAGAUCUUGAGAUGUUGCCUGGGGGGGAUCAGACUGAAAUAGGCGAGAAGGGCAUCAACCUUUCAGGUGGCCAGCGACAACGGGUGAGCCUGGCCCGUGCGGCGUUCAGUGAUGCUGACAUUUAUUUGCUAGACGAUCCUCUUUCAGCGGUGGAUUCCCAUGUGGCCAAGCAUAUCUUUGACAAAGUCGUUGGACCAGAAGGAGCUCUUAAAGGAAAAACUCGCAUUUUGGUGACCCAUGGCAUCAAUUUUUUGCCCCAGGUGGACCACAUUGUGGUUCUUGUGGAUGGUAAAAUCUCUGAAAUGGGGUCCUACCAAGAGCUUCUGCAACAAAAUGGGUCCUUUGCAGAUUUCCUGCGCAAUUAUGCCCCUGAUGAAGACAUAGAAGAAGAUGAGCCAACAAUCAUAGAGGAUGAGGAGGUCUUGCUUGCUGAAGAUACACUCAGCAACCAUACAGAUCUGGCAGACAGCGAACCAGUGACCAACGAAGUCCGCAAGCAGUUCCUCAGACAACUCAGUGUAAUAUCUUCAGAUGGGGAAUGCCCGAGCAAAAUGUCAACCAAAAGGAGGGUGUGUGAUAAAAAGCCACUUGAGCCUCCCGUCCCCAAAAAAGGUUCACCUGAGAAACUCAUUGAGGCAGAAACAGCUGAAACUGGCACAGUCAAGCUGACUGUUUUCUGGCAAUACAUGAAGGCUGUUGGCCCUAUAGUAUCUUUAUUUAUAUGUUUCCUGUUCUGCUGUCAAAAUGCUGCUUCAAUUGGGGCCAACGUAUGGCUCAGUGCCUGGACCAAUGAACCUGUAAUAAAUGGCACCCAGCAGAAUGUGCACAUGCGAAUUGGAGUCUAUGCUGCCCUGGGCAUCUUACAAGGGGUUAUUGUGUUGAUCUCCUCCUUUACCUUAGCCAUGGGUGGCAUCAGGGCAGCUCGUGCUCUCCAUGCAGCACUGCUGGCAAACAAGCUUCACACCCCGCAGUCUUUCUAUGACACAACUCCAAUCGGCAGGAUUAUCAAUCGCUUCUCCAAGGACAUCUACGUGAUUGAUGAAGUGAUACCGCCAACUAUCUUGAUGUUCCUGGGAACCUUCUUUGUCUCUGUAUCAACCUUGAUUGUGAUCAUGGCAAGCACUCCUCUCUUUGCAGUGGUUAUAAUACCUCUAGCGGUUCUGUACUUCUUUGCCCAGCGGUUUUACGUAGCUACUUCUCGCCAAUUAAAGCGGCUGGAAUCUGUGAGCAGGUCGCCCAUAUAUUCCCAUUUUUCGGAAACAGUCACAGGAACAAGUGUCAUCCGAGCUUAUAGAAGGGAGAAAGCUUUCGUUAUGAUCAGUGACACUAAAGUGAAUGAUAACCAGAAAAGUUACUACCCUGGAAUUGUAUCCAACAGGUGGCUUGGAAUUAGAGUUGAAUUUGUAGGGAACUGUGUUGUAUUUUUUGCAGCCCUUUUUGCUGUCUUAAGCAAAAACACCCUGAGUGCUGGCCUGGUUGGACUCUCUGUGUCUUAUGCCUUGCAGGUGACCAUGUCUCUGAAUUGGAUGGUACGAAUGACAUCUGAUUUGGAAACCAACAUUGUGGCUGUAGAAAGAGUGAAGGAAUACUCAGAAACUGAAACCGAGGCUCCCUGGAUAAUUGAAGAUAAAAGGCCAACAGAAGACUGGCCCACCCAUGGGGAAGUACAGUUUGAGAACUAUUCUGUAAGAUACAGGAAAGGUUUAGACUUGGUACUGAAAGACCUGAGCCUUCAUGUGAAAGGUGGGGAAAAGGUUGGAAUUGUUGGAAGAACUGGAGCGGGAAAGUCCUCUAUGACCCUUAGCCUCUUCAGGAUCCUGGAAGCGGUGGAGGGAGAAAUCAGAAUUGAUGGGCUGAGAAUUGCAGAUAUCGGCCUUCAUGACUUACGAUCCAGACUGACGAUUAUUCCUCAGGACCCUGUUCUUUUUUCUGGAACACUCCGAAUGAAUUUGGAUCCAUUUAAUAAAUAUUCUGAGGAAGAAAUAUGGAAAUCUCUUGAACUUUCUCAUUUGAAGAGGUUUGUCAGCAGUCAGCCAGCUAUGCUGGAUUAUGAAUGCUCAGAAGGAGGAGAGAAUCUUAGUGUUGGCCAAAGGCAGCUUAUUUGCUUGGCAAGAGCGCUCCUCCGCAAAACGAGGAUCCUUAUUUUGGAUGAAGCCACUGCAGCAAUCGAUCUGGAGACAGACGACCUCAUUCAGAUGACAAUAAGAACACAGUUUGAAGACUGCACGGUGCUAACAAUAGCACACAGGCUGAAUACCAUUAUGGAUUACACCAGAGUUCUUGUUCUAGACAAAGGAGCAAUUGCUGAGUUUGACACACCUUCAAGACUCAUUGCAUCUAGAGGGGUCUUCUAUGGUAUGGCCAAAGAUGCUGGAUUGGCAUAACACGACAUCCACUCUCUAUCAGCCAAGGACUAGUUACUGGGUUGUUUUCUACCCAAAAGCAAUAUCUGAAAGUCACUGUAUUU